AUGGUGGUAGCUCUUACUUUGGCUCAUGAUGCUAACUCUAGGAAGGUGCCCGAGCAAACGAGUGUGAGAACCGUGAGAGCGGCUACCAGCCCAGCGGCCAGUGCUGUCGAUGAGCAGAAGAAUUUUGUGGCUUUUGGAGGCGUUGGUGGCUUCGCUGGAGCUGGCGGCAUCGCUGGAGUCGGUCUGCCGUUUUACAAUGGUGUCGCCGGCGGGGUUGGUGGAUCCGGAGGCAUCGGUGGACUCGGAGGCUGGGCUGGGCUCGGGGGAGUAGGAGGUGCAGCAGGACUUGGUGGUGGCGGGUUGGGUGGUGUUGGUAGCCUUGGUGGAGUGGGUGGUGGUGGUGGCGGUGGAUUCGGCGGUGGCGGCGGCCUUGGUCAUAGGGGUGUUGGAGGUGGUGUAGGGGGUGGCGGUGGACUCGGUCAUCAUAGGAGUGUAGGCGGCGGAGGUAACCUUGGUCAUGGCGGUGCAGGAAAUGGCCAUGGUGGUGGUGCCGGCUGCGGUAUUCCUUGA